CCACAUGAGAGCGUCGAGACGCGGCGGAUGACAGAGACGAGGCUUCUUGUUUAGUGGACAAAGUGUCUUUCAAAGGGACUUUGCUGCUGCAAACACGGACAGGAACAGACGACCCGAGCUCACGCACAGUGCCUGCCAUUGAAAACCAGCUACCAUGACGGACGCAGACAAGUUCCUCUAUGGGGACCGCAGUGGGGGGAGUGCCCCUCUGGCCCAGGCCGACUGGGCCACCAAGAAGCUGGUGUGGGUCCCCUCUGAGAAGCUGGGCUUCGAGCCCGGCUCUGUCAAGGAGGAGCAGGGAGAGGAGUGCAUGGUGGAGCUGACCGACUCUGGCAAGAAGGUGAAGGUAAACAAGGAUGACAUCCAGAAGAUGAACCCACCCAAGUUCAGCAAGGCGGAGGACAUGGCGGAGCUCACCUGCCUGAACGAGGCCUCGGUGCUGCACAACCUCAAGGAGAGAUACUACUCUGGGCUCAUCUAUACGUACUCUGGUCUCUUCUGUGUGGUGGUCAACCCAUAUAAGUACCUGCCCAUCUACUCCGAGGACAUAGUGAACAUGUACAAGGGCAAGAAGAGACACGAGAUGCCCCCUCACAUCUACGCCAUCACAGACACGGCCUACAGGAGCAUGAUGCAGGAUCGUGAGGACCAGUCCAUCCUCUGCACUGGGGAAUCGGGAGCAGGGAAAACAGAAAAUACCAAGAAAGUCAUUCAGUAUCUCGCCCAUGUUGCCUCAUCUUUCAAGUCCAAGAAAGAGCAGGGCAAUGCAGUUUUAUCACAUGGGGAACUAGAGAAACAACUGCUGCAAGCAAACCCCAUCCUGGAGGCCUUCGGCAACGCAAAGACCGUCAAGAAUGACAACUCUUCAAGAUUUGGAAAAUUCAUCAGGAUCAACUUUGAUGUCAACGGAUACAUUGUUGGAGCCAACAUUGAAACUUAUCUGCUGGAGAAGUCUCGGGCCGUCCGACAAGCUAAAGACGAGAGGAGCUUCCACAUCUUUUACUACAUGCUCAGUGGAGCGGGGGACAAGCUGCGCUCUGAGUUGUGUCUGGAGGAUUACAGCAAGUACCGUUUCCUGUCCAAUGGAAACGUGACGAUACCUGGCCAGCAGGACACGGACAUGUUCACUGAGACCAUGGACGCCUUUCAGAUCAUGAGCGUCCCAGAAGAGGAAAGAAUUGGUCUGCUGAAGGUGGUGUCGGCCGUGCUGCAGUUGGGGAACAUGAGCUUCAAGAAAGAGCGUCACUCUGACCAGGCCUCUAUGCCCGACGACACUGCUGCCCAGAAAGUGUGUCACCUGCUGAGUAUCAAUGUGACCGACUUCACACGAGCCAUCCUGUCUCCCAGAAUCAAGGUUGGCAGGGACUAUGUCCAGAAGGCACAGACCCAGGAGCAGGCUGAGUUUGCUAUCGAGGCUCUGGCCAAAGCCUCUUAUGAGAGGAUGUUCCGCUGGCUGGUCUUGAGGAUCAAUAAGGCCCUGGACAAGACCAAGAGACAGGGAGCCUCCUUCAUUGGCAUCCUUGAUAUUGCUGGAUUUGAGAUCUUUGAGUUGAACUCAUUUGAGCAGAUGUGUAUCAACUACACCAAUGAGAAGCUGCAGCAGCUCUUCAACCACACCAUGUUCAUCCUGGAGCAGGAAGAGUACCAGAGGGAGGGCAUCGAGUGGAGCUUCAUCGACUUCGGCCUCGACCUGCAGCCCUGCAUCGACCUCAUUGAAAAACAUGCCAGCCCUCCAGGCAUCCUGGCUCUGCUGGAUGAAGAGUGCUGGUUCCCUAAAGCCACAGACAAGAGCUUUGUGGAGAAAGUGGUUCAGGAGCAGGGGACAAACCCAAAGUUCCAGAAACCCAAGAAACUCAAGGACGACGCCGAUUUCUGUAUUAUACACUAUGCUGGAAAGGUUGACUACAAAGCAGACGCGUGGCUGAUGAAGAACAUGGACCCUCUGAAUGAGUGUGUGGCCACUUUGUUCAACCAGUCUACAGAGAAAUUUACUGCUGAGCUGUGGAAGGACAUGGACCGUAUCGUCGGCCUGGAUAAGGUGGCAGGAAUGUCUGACUCGAUUCACGGAGCAUCCAGAACCCGUAAGGGCAUGUUCCGCACUGUGGGCCAGCUGUACAAGGAGCAGCUGAGUAACCUCAUGGCCACACUCAGGAACACCAACCCGAACUUCGUCCGCUGCAUCAUCCCCAACCACGAGAAGAAGGCUGGUAAACUGGAGCCUCACCUGGUUCUGGAACAGCUGAGGUGUAAUGGAGUCCUAGAGGGGAUUCGCAUCUGCAGACAGGGCUUCCCCAACCGUAUUGUCUUCCAGGAGUUCAGACAAAGGUAUGAAAUCCUCACUCCAAAUGCCAUCCCAAAGGGCUUUAUGGAUGGCAAGCAAGCCUGUGUGCUCAUGAUCAAAGCUCUGGAGCUGGACCCAAACCUGUUCCGCGUCGGUCAAAGUAAAGUGUUCUUCAGAGCCGGAGUCCUGGCUCACCUGGAGGAGGAGAGGGACAUAAAGAUCACUGAUGUGAUCAUCAGCUUCCAGGCCUUCUGCAGAGGAUAUGUGGCUCGCAAAGCCUUUACCAAGAGGCAGCAGCAGCUGACGGCCAUGAAGGUUAUCCAGAGGAACUGUGUUGCUUACCUGAAACUCAGGAACUGGCAGUGGUGGAGGCUUUUCACCAAGGUGAAACCUCUGCUGCAAGUGACUCGGCAGGAAGAGGAGAUGCUGGCCAAAGAAGAGGAACUGGACAAAGUGAGGGAGAGACAAGAGCAGGCUCAGCAGCAGCUUCAAGAAUUUGAGUCUAAGCAGCAACAGCUGAAUGCUGAGAAGUUGGCUCUUCAAGAGCAGCUCCAGGCAGAGACGGAGCUGUGUGCGGAGGCUGAGGAGAUGAGAUCCCGCCUGUCCACCAGGAAGCAAGAGCUGGAGGAGAUCUUGCAUGACCUGGAGUCUCGCCUGGAGGAGGAAGAAGAGAGGGCCACCCAGCUGCACACCGAGAGAAAAAAGAUGCAGCAGAACAUCACGGACCUGGAGCAGCAGCUGGAUGAGGAGGAAGCAGCCAGACAGAAACUCCAGAUGGAGAAGCUCACCACGGACGCCAAGCUGAAGAAGCUAGAUGAGGAUGUCAUGGUGCUGGACGACCAGAACAACAAGCUCAUCAAGGAGAAGAAACAGAUGGAGGAGAGGAUCUCUGAGUUCACCACCAACCUGACUGAGGAGGAAGAGAAGUCCAAGAGCCUGCAGAAACUCAAGAAUAAACAUGAAGCCAUGAUCACAGAUUUGGAGGAUCGUCUAAGAAAAGAGGAAAAGGUGCGUCAGGAGUUGGAGAAGAACCGUCGUAAACUUGAAGGAGACUCUAGUGAGCUCAAUGACCAUGUGGGAGACUUGCAGGCUCAGAUUGAUGAACUCCGAGCUCAGCUGGCUAAGAAGGAGGAGGAACUCCUCGCUGCACUGUCCAGGAUCGAGGAGGAGGCUGCAGCCAAGAACAUGGCCCAGAAGAAGAUUAGGGAGCUGGAGGCUCAGAUCUCAGAGCUGCAGGAGGAUCUGGAGCUGGAGAGGCAGGCGCGGGCCAAGGCUGAGAAACAACGCAGGGACCUGGGAGAGGAGCUGGAGGCCCUCAAGACUGAACUGGAGGACACUUUGGACUCCACCGCAGCACAGCAGGAGCUGAGGUCCAAGCGGGAGGUGGAGGUCACCCAUCUGAAGAAGAAUCUGGACGAAGAGGCCAAGAUCCACGAGCAGCAGAUGGCUGACAUGAGACAAAAACACAACCAGGCAUUUGAAGAGCUCAAUGAACAGCUGGAACAGGCCAAGAGGAACAAGGUGUCUGUGGACAAAGCCAAGCAUGCUCUGGAGAGCGAGUGGAAUGAGUUGCAGAUCGAGAUGCAGACUCUGACACAAGGCAAAGGAGACUCUGAACAACGUCGCAAGAAGGCCGAAGCCCAGGUCCAAGAACUGCAGAUCAAAUUCAGCGAAAGUGAACGACACAGGCAGGAGGUGGCCGAGAAGAUGGGCAAGAUGCAGUUGGAGGUAGACAAUGUCAACAGCCUCCUGAGUGAAGCAGACAACAAGAACAUCAAAUCCAGCAAAGACCUUUCUUCUACCGUGUCUCAGCUGCAGGAUACACAGGAGUUGCUCCAAGAGGAGACUCGUCAGAAGCUCGCCCUCUCCACCCACCUGAGGCAGCUGGAGGACGAACAGAACAACCUGCGUGAGAUGCUGGAGGAAGAGGAAGAGGGCAAGAAGGUCGUAGAGAAACAGAUCACCGCUCUGCAGACCCAGCUGGCAGACUUGAAGAAGAAGCUGGAAAAUGAGACCUUGUCCCUGGAGGGGGCAGAGGAGGGCCGCAAGCGAUCACAGAGGGAGUUGGAAGGCGUAAUGCAGCAGCUGGAGGAGAAGACGGCAGCUUACGACAAACUGGACAAGACAAAAACCCGUUUACAGCAGGAGCUGGAUGACCUCUUAGUGGACCAGGACCACCUGAGGCAGAUCGUCUCCAGCCUGGAGAAGAAGCAGAGGAAGUUUGACCAGAUGCUGGCCGAAGAGAAAACAAUUUCUACUCAGUAUGCAGAGGAGCGUGACAAGGCCGAGGCUGAGGCCAGGGAGAAGGAAACGCGAGCACUGACACUGGCCCGCGAGUUGGAGACCAUGUCGGACCUUAAAGACGAGCUGGACCGCACCAAUAAGCUGCUCAAAGCUGAGAUGGAAGACUUGGUCUCCUCAAAGGAUGAUGUUGGCAAGAGUGUUCACGAGCUGGAGAGGUCAAAGCGUGCCAUGGACCAGCAGAUGGAAGAGAUGAGAGUUCAGCUGGAGGAGCUGGAGGACGAGCUGCAGGCCACGGAGGAUGCCAAACUGCGUCUGGAGGUCAACAUGCAGGCCAUGAAGGCCCAGUUUGACCGAGACCUGCAGGCCAGAGACGAGCAGGGAGAGGAGAGGAGGAAACAGCUGGUUAAACAGGUGCGUGAGAUGGAGGUGGAGCUGGAAGAUGAACGCAAGCAGCGUUCUCAGGCCCUCUCAUCCAAGAAGAAACUGGAGCUGGACCUGGGAGAGCUCGAGCUCCAGAUCGAUGCUGCCAACAAGGGCCGUGAUGAGGCUCUAAAACAACUGAAAAAACUCCAGGUUCUAAUGAAAGAGCAAAUGAGAGAGCUGGAAGAGCUGCGUUUGUCCAGAGACGAAGCUGUCAACGGAGCCAAGGAGACAGAGAGGAAGCUCAAGGCCAUGGAGACAGACGCCCUGCACUUCCAGGAGGAGCUGGCUACUGCCGAGAGAGUGAAGAGACAGGUUCAGAGCGAGAGAGAUGAGCUCCAGGAAGAGAUUAGCAGCACCAACGCCAAGAAUUUGCUGCUGGCAGAUGAGAAGAGGAGGCUGGAGACUCGUAUCACCCAGCUGGAGGAGGAGCUGGAGGAAGAGCAGCUCAACACCGAGAUGGUCAACGAUCGUAUGAAGAGAAGCACACUGCAGACCGAGCAGCUGACCACGGAGCUGGCCGAAGAACGCAGCAGCUCCCUGCGGCUGGAGGGGGCUCGCUCCCAGCUGGAUCGCCAGACUAAGGAGCUGAAACUGAAGCUGCAGGAGCUCGAGGGAGCCAUCAAGUCCAAGUAUAAAUCCUCCAUCACCUCCCUGGAGGCCAAGAUCGCUAUGCUGGAGGAACAGCUCGACAUAGAGUCAAAGGAGCGCCAGCAGGCCUCCAGGUUGACCAGGCGCACAGAGAAGAAGCUGAAAGAGGUGUUGCUACAGGUCGAAGACGAGAGGCGCAACACAGACCAAUACAAAGACCAGGCGGAGAAGACUAACAGCCGAAUGCGUCAGCUGAAGCGUCAGCUAGAGGAGGCAGAGGAGGAGGUGACGCGAUCCAACGCCCAACGUAGAAAGCUGCAGAGGGAGGUGGAUGAUGCCACUGAAUCGGCAGACACGAUGAACCGGGAAGUCAGCUCUCUGAAGAGCAAGCUCAGACGUGGGGAAGUGCCUUUCAAUAUGCGUCGUAUCAUAAAUCGCACUGGCCUGGACAGCGAUGAGGAUGUGGACGUGAAGACUGAAACACCUGAGCCUGCACCUGAGUGAACGGAGGGCCAAGAGGGAAUAAUACAAUGACCAGUCAACAUGCAGAUACAGUUUUUUUAAAAAAAAGCUAUUAAGACUUUUUUAAGAGGAUUUAGCAAUGUAUUCCCCUUGACAUUCAUCUUAUAGCCUUAUUGUUGCUUUCCAUAAAAUACAUUUGUGUGGCCAAAACCGAUUUCAACUCAGUGAAUGUAAGCGGUGUUUUUCUAAAGCUUUACGGUCUCUUUUUCUACUUAAUGGGUAUAUUAUAUAUAUUAUCACACUUGUAACAAGCCAUUGCAAUUUUUUUUUUUUUUUUUUUUUUUUUUUUUUGGUGCUUGAGGUUCAUGUGCAGUUGCUGUACCUUUUUUAUUUUUGGGGAAACACUGGACAUUUUAUGCUGCUUUUGCACAGGAAUAUAGGUGUUUUGGGAGCUUUUGAUGCCGUUUGAAACUGGUUCACAUUUGCUAUUGUUAGCAUCAAUCUGCAUUUGUACUAUAGGCUUUUCCUCUCGCUGACAUAAUUUCGUGUUAUUACCUCAACCAAUUUUGCUUAACGCCAACACAGACAAAAUGGACACGAGAUUGGAAAUUGUUCAUUUCAUUAGAGGUGGUGUAGUCGAAAAGCAGCAAUGUUGGUGAAUACGUUGGUAGAAAUGUUGUGCGAUCAUCUAUGAUAGCUUGGUUGAUGUAUCAUUCUUCUCUGGUUUUACACUUUAUGGAUUGUUGGUGGUGGGCCAUCACAUUGUAGCUCUCACUGUACUAUGUUUGGUGCUAUGCUUUGCACAGCAGAGGAGGUUUUCUAUUAGCACAUUAUCCUCUGUUUCCAUGCAUAUUUUAGAUGCACUGGUAGGGUAUGAGACUAUUAUCAAACCAAUUACAUGUCAUAGUGAUGCCAAUAUUUCAAGGCUAAUCUAUAUUUCAGCAAAUGCCUUGAAUGCAAUAAAUUGACAAAUUAUCAAAUGCA